GCCUUGUGUGCUUGUCACCAAAACCGUCCCGUCUUGUCCACUUUCAUCCCUCUUCUCCCUUGUUGAGGCUGUGACUUGUGUUUACAUUGAUUGCCCAGAUAAGAACCCGACCUCUCGAAACUCAGCAGUAUUUCAAUAUUUCGGCUUGCGUCAACGAACCAUACGUUCAACAUCGCGACCCGAACCUGGACAUUCAAACGAGACCCAUACAAAUUUCAUACCAGCGACCACGAACAUGUCAUCGAACCCAACCGAGAACGACAUCAAGCCAAAUGGCGUCGUCGAGACAGAUCUGGGAAUUGUUCCCGUUCCCAAGGUGGAGGGCACUUGGACGGUAGACAAGGCAGUUGAGACCAUCAGCACCGGGAAAUACGCUGAAGGAUCCGACUCACCAAUUGGCUACUUCCAUCUCCUCGAGCGCCUCAAGACUACCAAGCGCGAGGGAUGGACGCGGUUUGCCAUCAACCGAGGAGAAUCCAUUUCCGACCACAUGUACAGAAUGUCCAUGAUGACCAUGCUCGCCCCCGCCUCCCUUGCCGAGAAGAUCGACGUCAACAGGUGCAUCAAGAUGGCCCUGAUCCACGACAUGGCCGAAGCCCUUGUCGGCGACAUCACCCCAGUUGACAACGUCCCAAAAACGGAGAAGAACAGACGUGAAGCCUCGACUAUGGACUACAUCACAAAGAGGUUGUUGGGCAAUGUCGACGGUGGAAAGCAGGGCGAGCAAAUACGUGCCAUCUGGCAGGAAUACGAGGAUUCCAAGACGCUGGAAAGUCUCUUUGUCCACGACAUUGACAAGAUCGAACUACUCUUGCAGAUGGUGGAGUACGAGAAGCGCGCAAAGGGCAAGCUUGACCUGGGCGAGUUCACCUUUGUCAAGACCAAGGUCGGACUUGACGAGAUGAGGGUCUGGGCGGAUGAGAUUAUCAAGGAGCGCGAAGAAUUCUGGGCGGGAAAGGAGCAUGUUCGUCGUGACGGGGGUGAUGAAGGAGUUAUCACGCAGGAAAAGGAGCAGAUGCAAGAGGCAUACUAUGCCGGCCAUGGGCGGAAGGAGUAGAAGCCGACGGCCAAUGAUCUUGAAAUCACUUUUCGCUGUUUACAUCGGCAUUGGAAGACUUGUGGAGUGGACGGGAGUUAUGGGAUUUUAGGCGCUCGCAUGGGAUUAUGGUUACGUACCUAUGGCAUCUGAAAGGGCGCUGUCGCCUUUGACGUGGAUUUGUAUGGAAUACCCAGGCGGAAUCGGACGGUUUGCGCCACCAUCAUGAUAUCAUACAAGAGAAGCAUGAAAUAGCUAAUCUAGCAUACCUGAUAGAACGGCAACUUUAGCAUUAGAAAUCACGAUUUUUGUUUCCUUGGAUUUCAAGUUGCCUCUUCAC